AUGACACUAAACUGUUUAUUCAUCCUCAUAAUAACCCACGCUGUAGCCAGUUACGAUAACCGUGUGAUAACGACAUUAAAGUACUCGAAAAAUUACGAUAAAUCCGUGAAACCUGUAAUCGUUCACGGGGAAAUCGCUAGAAACGGCGAUGUCCCUUACAUGGUCUCUAUAAAAGAAAGAGAGGCGAAACGAUUUAGGAAAAACAUAUGGCGUAAUCAUUGCGGGGGCUCCAUACUAAAACCAAAGUUGGUUCUGUCUGUGGCCCAUUGUUUUGAGAACAAAGACUAUAAGAACCCUAAAACUAGGGACACACUGCGCGCGGUAGCAGGCGAUUUGUUGACGGACAGCAAAAGCAAUAACAGCGCAGGAUUGUCGCAAUGGAGGGAUAUAGAUAAGAUCAUCGUCCACAAACAAUACUACUUCCCUGUUAAUGACAUUUCUUUAGUAAUCGUAAGAGAACCGUGGAUUUUCAAUAACUAUGUGACGUUUAUACCAUACGCGCGCUGGAAUAGUGAUUACAUGAGUUGGUGUUUAGCAAGUGGGUAUGGUGAUCUAAUGCAUGGACCGAGAGCGUUGCAAUCCACGCGUCUUCUAAUAGCCAAACUAUUUGUGAUACCAAGACACGCUUGUAAUGAGUUAUGGGAUAUGAAUAUGAACAACUUCGUGUGCACCACAUCGACUAAUGCAGACGUGGCCAGCGGAGACUCUGGGGGUCCGUUGGUGUGUAAAGGAACCCCGGAAAGAAGGAGAGAGAGCCCGAAUGGUAUUUUGGUCGGCGUGGUGUGCGGCAAGAACUUUGAUAAAACUACACUAUUCACAAGGGUCUCGGCGUAUACAAAGUUUAUUGAGAGUGCAGGUUGUAAUUUAAGUAGCAACGUUUUGUUUAGAUUUACAAUUAUUUUGUUUCUGGUAUAUUAUUGUUCUAUUUUCGAUUAACUGCUUUAUUUAUUUUGUGAUUUUCAUUUCUUAUGGGCGCUAGCGUCGAGAUCACUCCCUUUUGGAUAUCGGGCAGAUAUAGUAGGGCCCGGGAUGCUAAAUUUACAAUUACUAAAGCGUUAUAUUAGCGUUAUAUGGUAGGGGUACGCAGGU